UUUUUUUUCUCCCCCAGAACUCCCCAGGCGACCGCAAAGGCGGUUGCAGUGCUCAGACUUGACGUUAUGGGGCUUCCAGAGGAGCGGGGCCGGAGCGGCAGUAGCAGUGGGGGCCGGGAGGAGCCUGGGUCGCGGACCGGGGUGCGGAGUUGGUCUCCGCCGCCCGAGAUCAGCCGUUCCGCGCACGUCCCCUCGCUGCAGCGCUACCGCGAGCUGCACCGACGCUCUGUGGAGGAGCCGCGAGAGUUCUGGGGAGACAUUGCCAAGGAAUUUUACUGGAAGACUCCAUGUCCUGGCCCAUUCCUCAAGUACAACUUUGAUGUGACUAAAGGGAAAAUAUUCACUGAGUGGAUGAAAGGGGCAACUACCAACAUCUGCUACAACGUAUUGGAUCGAAUUGUCCAUGAGAAGAAACUUGGUGAUAAAAUUGCUUUUUACUGGGAAGGCAAUGAGCCAGAGGAGACCUCCCAGAUCACAUACCAUGAACUUCUGGUCCAAGUGUGUCAGUUCAGCAAUGUUCUCCGAAAACAGGGCAUUCGGAAGGGCGACCGAGUGGCCAUCUACAUGCCCAUGAUACCGAAGCUUGUGGUAGCAAUGCUGGCAUGUGCUCGUCUUGGGGCUCUGCAUUCCAUUGUGUUUGCAGGCUUCUCUGCAGAGUCUCUAUGUGAGCGGAUCCUAGAUUCCAAUUGCAGCCUUCUCAUCACUGCAGAUGCCUUCUACAGGGGGGAAAAGCUUGUGAACCUGAAGGAACUGGCUGAUGAGGCCCUGGAGAAGUGUCGGGAGAAGGGUUUCUCAGUGAGAUGCUGCAUUGUGGUCAAGCACCUGAGAAGGUCAGAGCUGGGCACAGGUGACUCUGUCAGCCAGUCCCCACCGAUUAAGAGGCCAUGUCCAGAUGUGCAGAUCCCUUGGAAUGAGGACGUUGACCUGUGGUGGCAUGAACUCAUGCAGGACGCAGGGGAUGAGUGUGAGCCUGAGUGGUGUGAUGCUGAGGACCCGCUCUUCAUCCUGUACACCAGUGGCUCCACAGGCAAACCCAAGGGUGUGGUGCACACAGUUGGAGGCUACAUGCUCUAUGUGGCCACAACCUUCAAGUACGUGUUUGACUUCCAUCCAGAGGACGUGUUCUGGUGCACAGCAGACAUUGGCUGGAUCACUGGCCAUUCCUACGUCACCUAUGGGCCACUGGCCAAUGGUGCCACCAGUGUUUUGUUUGAGGGUAUCCCCACAUACCCGGACGUGAGCCGCAUGUGGAGCGUCGUGGACAAGUACAAGGUGACCAAGUUCUACACAGCACCUACAGCUAUCCGCCUGCUCAUGAAGUUUGGAGAUAAGCCUGUCACCAAGUAUAGCCGGGCAUCCUUACAGGUGUUGGGCACAGUAGGUGAACCCAUCAACCCUGAGGCCUGGCUAUGGUACUACCAGGUAGUAGGCGACCAGCGCUGCCCCAUCGUGGACACCUUCUGGCAGACGGAGACAGGCGGCCAUAUGCUGACGCCCCUCCCUGGGGCAACACCCAUGAAGCCUGGUUCUGCUACCUUCCCAUUCUUUGGUGUAGCUCCCGCAAUCCUGAAUGAGUCUGGGGAAGAGUUGGAAGGUGAAGCUGAAGGCUAUCUGGUGUUCAAGCAGCCCUGGCCAGGGAUCAUGCGCACAGUCUAUGGGAAUCAUGAGCGCUUUGAGGCCACCUACUUUAAGAAGUUCCCUGGGUACUACGUGACAGGAGAUGGCUGCCGGCGGGACAAGGAUGGCUAUUACUGGAUCACUGGCAGGAUCGAUGACAUGCUGAAUGUAUCUGGUCACCUGCUGAGCACUGCAGAGGUGGAGUCAGCACUUGUGGAACAUCAGGCUGUUGCAGAGGCAGCUGUGGUCAGCCACCCUCAUCCUGUGAAGGGCGAAUGCCUCUACUGCUUUGUCACCUUGUGUGAUGGCUAUUCCUUCAGUCCCACUCUCACUGAGGAGCUCAAGAAGCAGAUUAGAGAAAAGAUUGGCCCCAUUGCCACACCAGAUUACAUCCAGAAUGCACCUGGCUUGCCUAAAACCCGCUCAGGGAAAAUCAUGAGGCGGGUGCUUCGGAAGAUUGCUCAGAAUGACCACGACCUGGGGGACACAUCUACUGUGGCUGACCCAUCUGUCAUCAGCCAGCUCUUCAGCCACCGUUGCCGGACCAUCCUGUGACCAAGACUGCCCUUUACCCAGGAUUCCCCCCGCUUGGCUUUCCAAAGUUUUGCCCACUCUCCCUGUCCCCAUCCAAGAGUGCUGAGGGCCAGGGCUGACCCACACCACCUCCCUCAACCAGGUGUCCGGGACCGAGGACCAGCUUUACCCUUGGGUGGAGGCAACUUCCUGUGACUGCCAGGCAGAUGGGACAGAAUCCAGGUCAGCCUUAAGUUGCUGUGCUUGCAAAGAGCCCUUGGAGCCCGGAACAGGGAACUGAAGGUCAUAUUCCCAACCCAAGUUGAGUGUUCAGAGGGCAAGUGAGGCCUAGACUGGAGAAGCAGGGAGGCAGCUCUGUAAUCCUACGUCAACUCUCAGGAAGCACCAGCACUUGUCUUGGGCAUGCACUUGCCCUUAGACACACCUGUUUGUGAGUUCUGGAACAAUUAUUAUUAUGUUUUAAAUACUCUGCUUCUUUUGCUCUGGGUCUUUUGUGCCAGAUGACAGUGCUUGCCUGCUCAUUUGCUCCAGGGGCUGUGAAGGCAGGCUGUUUCCAGACGGUUUUUAAAUCAUUUGCUUCUUUGGGGCCAGAGGAACUUGUCUUCUUUGUCUUCUGUCCCCACCUUCAUCUGAACACAGUUGUGCCCAGGACAGACACUCUCAGAUGAAACUCUUUUCUCCCCUCAGUUGUGCCCAAGCUCUGUUGUUGGAAUAAAGUCUGUGACCUCAAGAA